UUUGUUUCCCAUACUUAUCAAAUAAUAUGGAAGAUCCCAAUGCUAAUCCUGCCUCGGAUGCUCCUCGAUUGACUGUCGAUACCAGUGUCGCUCAGCGGCAACCUUCCGAAGAGGAGCUUACCUCGCCUAACUUUACAACAUCGCCAACAUCUGCUGCAUUGGAACCUUAUCCACCUCCACAACAAAUGCAACAAGUGUUGGACAACGAAAAAAUUCAAGUAGAUGACGAGGCUAAGCCAGCACCAGUUUUUAGUGCUAUAGCACCCAAGUUAUCUAUCGUUCGCAGAAACACCACUUCUUAUCAGAAGCAAACCUUUCGUAUGGAAGCCGGUAUCAACCCCGCCGCUACCAUCGCUGAAAGACUUCAGGCAUGGAGAGGUAUUCUCAAGAAUUUGGCCAUUUUUUGGAAGGAAAUUAGCGCUGCUCAUAGCCAAACUGCAAAGGGAUAUACCAAGGGAGCUAGUGUCAUCGAAAUUCCAUUUCAAAGCUCAGGUUUACAUUUUCGUGAAGAUGGUGGAGUUCAGACUGUCUGGGCUGCAACUCGCGAGUAUGCGGUACAUCAAGCGAAACACCAUAACGACUACAGCUUAUUUUUGGACAGAGCCAUCAUACAAGGGUUACGCGCAGUGAAAAAAGAAGUAAAGGUUAUGAUACAUUCUAUCAACAGCGAUGACCGAUUAAAGACAGAGAGGCUUUAUCGCUAUCGAGAGCAAGCCGAUAUUUUACAAACACGACUCAACAAGUAUAUUCAAUUAGUACAUCAAAGCCCAGAACAUGCCAUGGAUAAGACUGAUCCUUAUAUUGUCAAUUCAUGCCUUCUAGAACAAAUGAUCAAAUUAUACAAGGAAGAAAACAGAUUGCAUGCCAGCAUGAUCAAUCUGCAAGGUGAAUACGCCAUCUUUGAGCGAAAGAUUAUCGAGAAUGCCCGUAGCGUUAUGCUUUCUCUACAAGAAUACAAGACGCAAGACAAGUAUUUGACUGAUCAGACUGUGAAAUCCAUUAUGGACACCUUCAACAAUUUGGACGCUGACUGUGAAUACAAAGUAUUUUUCGAACGUCGUCAAGGCGAAUUGGUGCCCGAUAACGCAGCUUACAGAAAUCUCAACGACAUUCAUUAUGAGAAUCAAAAUCAUCCUCUGGUCAUGCCUUGCAAGGUUGGCUUUAUCGAACGCAAAACAUUUGUCACCAAGAACUGGGUUGAACACAAGUACGCACUUACACCAACUGGAUAUCUUCAUGAAUACAGAUCUGAGAAGGACUUCCCAUGCAACCCUGAAAAAUCUAUCUUCAUACCUCAUACUACUGUGAUUGGUAGAGAAGACAAUAUGCACCAUGACUACAUAUUUGAAAUACGUGGCAGAAAUAACUCCAAAGGAAAAUUGAUGAAAACAUUGGAUCGUGACAAGAACUAUAUUCUUCGCACACGUACAGGGGGAGAUAUGCAAGCCUGGAUGGAUUUAUUGACACCCAUGUCUCAUCAAUUCAGACCUUCCGUCCCACACGAACCAGAGCCGUAUCAGCAACCUAUCAACUCUACAAACGUUGAAGUCAUGAGCCGGUCCAAUACCUGGGCGUCGUCUCCAUUGGAUCAACAUGGUGAUACUCUUAGCCGAGCUGAUACUUGGGCAUCCGUACCCGAAGAUCAACUUCGAAUCGAAGACUCGCAUGCCGCUAAUAGAUCGAGUUCAGAACAGGCUGCUGCCGGCAUUUCAAAUAUGGAUAUCAAUGGUCAACAAGCCAAUGUUGUGCCCCAAAAUGCUGGAACUAAUGAUAUGGUAGGACAAAGCCCUACCAGUAUGCAACCAGGAACACAACAGUUCGAUCAAAUGGAUCACGGCGAGAAAACACAAGCAGACGAGCACAACCCGUUCGUUCCACAUCAGCAAGAAUCAAAUAGUAUGGCUCAAAACAACGCAGAGCCGGGGGCUGAUUAUAAGGGUAAGGCCAGUGUAGCUCAGGGUAAAUUACCUGUUAGUCUUUUUGAUCAGGACGAAACACCGAAAACCGAGGUUCAAAGGAACCAGACAAUGCCAGGAACCCUUAUGUUUUAGCGUAUAUUCAUCAGUGCUUACCUCACCCUAAAUAAAUUGUUUUAAAUAAUCAAUCGAA